AGAAUAAGAUUCAGGCGAGAGAGAGCUCCAACGGUCGGUCUCGCUCUAGCGCUGGUGCUGGAGUCAUGCCAACGCUGUAGCCCUAACCACAAACCCUAACCGGCUGUGCUUGCUUGUCGGACAGUGUGUGACUUGCAUACGGGUUGCUGCGACGGCGGAGGAGGAGAGUGCUUUUAACGGAUACCGUUUAAUUUCGGAGUCUUUUCAGUCUAGGUCCGAGACAGGGCAGAGGAAAACGCAUUUUGCGCUAUGAAAAGGACUUGUGAGUUGAGUGGAAUUCCGAACGAACCGUCGACAAGCUAGGACACAACGACGGAGAAACAAAACAGCAGUUGGAUAAAGACAAGAGGGAAGAAAGAAAAGGACGUGAUUGAGAGAAAGGAUCACCUUAUGGGCAGAUGGAAGCUGAUCCCACUCUCCGUAGCGGCGGUGAAUAAACGAGGGGCACUGAAGAGGAAAGAGAUAGCAGAGGAGGAAGCUGCAGCAGGUCAAGAGAGCAUCAUCGAUCCGGGUGUGGUGGAAACUGCUUUCUGAACAUGGAGAAGAAGAACCGAUGCUUCUUAUCUGAAAGAGGAAAGUAACCAACGACACAAAGGUCUUCGAAAGAAGACCUUCCUGGAAAACCACAGUGGACUCUUCCUACAAGACUGUGUUGGCCUGCUGAACUAAAGCUAGAGCUAAAGCCUACACUCAGCUUAGGGUCAGGGGCAUUGUCCCCAGAACCAUUUGGUGCUCUACUUCAAAAGAACACUACAAUCACAAUGAACAUCAGAGUACUUCCAAGUGGACCUUAACUGAAGUCUGGACUGGUUCCUUUUGUGAACGUAAUGAGACAACACCACAAUACUAUUUUACCUUAGAACCCAGACCAAGUCGACCCCCAACUCUCUGAAUGUCCCGAUAGGACUUUCUAAGUGGAUGAACUUGGACUAUCCACAACUAGAAAACACCUUUUAACCCCCAACCAAGCCAAUCCCAAGUAUCCUGAUGACCUGUGGACCUCUGGGUGGGUCCACUGCCCCCCUCUGGUGGUGACUGGGGUGUAGUCCAGGUCCAGCCAGGACCUCCAGACCCCAGGGGACCAUCCCAGGAUGGGAACCCCAGGAGGAGUAGCCUUACUGGGGGGCUUUGGUUCUUCCACCACGCCCUCUCUGGAGAUGGGGGGCUGGAUGGUCUGGCCAGGGGGGAAUAACUCCACCUACCGUGGACUAAACCAGAGUCUACCCUGGGGGGCCGGGGACGGGGGAGCGGACAGCAACCUGUCAUUGGGAUCCCAGGCGGAGGUGGUGUUGAGAGCAUCGCCCAUGAAGGAGAAGAACUGGCCGGCGCUUCUCAUCCUAGUCAUCAUCGCGCUGACGGUGGGCGGGAACAUCCUGGUGAUUCUGGCCGUCUCACUGGAGAAGAAGCUUCAGAACGCUACUAACUUCUUCCUGAGGUCGUUGGCUGUGGCCGACAUGCUGGUGGGGAUACUAGUGAUGCCUAUAUCACUGAUCAACAUACUCUAUGACUAUGUGUGGCCCCUGCCCAGUGCUCUGUGUCCUAUCUGGAUCUACCUGGACGUCCUCUUCUCCACAUCGUCUAUUAUGCAUCUGUGUGCCAUAUCUCUGGAUCGAUAUGUGGCUAUAAGGAAUCCCAUUGAACACAGCCGCUUCAACUCUAGAACCAAGGCCAUGAUGAAGAUAGCAGCUGUAUGGACCAUAUCAAUAGGUGUGUCCAUGCCUAUCCCGGUGAUCGGCCUUCACAACAAAGACAAGGUGUUUGUCAACGGCAGCUGUGUUCUGAACGAGGAGCGCUUCAUGCUGGUUGGCUCCUUCGUGGCUUUCUUCAUCCCAUUGGUCAUCAUGGUUGUGUCCUACUGCCUCACCAUACAGGUCCUCCAGCGCCAGGAGACCGUCUUCCUCUACGAGAGGAAAACUUCCUCCCAGCAGCCACUGCAGCCUCAGGCCACUCCCUCAAACCAUCAGUCCCCACCUCCAAAUUUCCUAGGCCUGCCCAUAAACAUUGAGGCUCCUCCUCCUAGCAGACAAGGAAGUCUGAGCUGCCUGAAAGGGGCGGAGCCUGACCGGCAGACCGGCCUCUUAAGCAGUUCCCCCUCGGAGAGCAUCAGUAUGAUUCCGAGUUCGGGGGUGGCGUCCCAGCUGAGCUCUCCGGCAGGGCGUGAUGCACGGGACAGUCACGGGAGGCGGGGGAUGAUGCAGGCGAUCAAGAACGAGAGGCGGGCCUCCAAGGUGCUGGGGAUCGUGUUCUUCCUGUUUCUGAUCAUGUGGUGCCCCUUCUUCAUCACCAAUGUCACUUACGUCCUCUGUCAGGGUUCCUGCAACGAGCCUUUAUUGGCUGAGCUCCUCAACGUCUUUGUGUGGGUGGGAUACAUCUCCUCUGGAGUCAACCCAUUGGUCUAUACGUUGUUUAACAAGACAUACAGAAGGGCCUUUUCCAGCUAUAUACGUUGUCAGUAUAACACAGGGCCGAUGGCAGGGGUUAGUAGUAAAUCGCUAGCUGUUCCCACCAUCCAGUGUCCGUCUCAUGCGGUCACGCCCAUAUUUGGACAUCAUGGAGGGAAUGGGAAGAAGGGAAGUGUGGACCGGAAUAGCAACUGUCGGAAUGGUGGUGGAGGGGGCGGGGCCGAUGGUAACGGGAUGAUCAGAGGGGUGGAGCCUGACGAUCCUACAGAUGACGGGAUGAGGAUGGAUAUGGAAUGCCCCGGGAUGAUGUCGGAAUUGGAACCCAGAAUGUCGGAGCUGAAGCUAUCUGUCGACAGCUUCUGCCACGCUCACUUGGAGCGCACCAGCAGCGUCUGAUUGGUUGAUUGGAUAAUUGGAUUACGCCAGCUCUGCGGCUCAUUGGCUGAUGAUGGACAGGCGGACUUGAAGUAAUGUGAGGGAGAGAAGGACUGUAGUGGGCAUGUGUCAAAUAACACCCUAUUCACUGUGUAGGGCACUACCUUGAACAAAACGCCCUAUUCAGGCAGCUCUCUGUAGGGCUAUGGUCAACACUAGUGCACUACGUGGGGAACAGGGUCAAAUUUGAGACACAGCCACAGUGGGUGGUGUGGACACUUCUGGAAGAAUGUAUCAUGGAAGGACUUACCUUGAUUCUUAACCCUUGACCUGGGUGUCAUGGACUUGUACAAUUUAGAACCCCACAGAAGGAGAAGAAGGAGGAGAAGGAGGAGAAGAAGGAGGAGGAAGAGAAGAAGGAGAAGGAGGAGAAGAAGGAGGAGAAGGAGAAUGAGAA